AUGGAGACUAUCAACACUAUUGGCAUCAUCAACAUUAUUAUUGUAGCAAUUAUUAUCAAAUACGGACGUCGUAGUAGUCUGGUCUUCUUUCAACUCUCUCUCUUUCUCUUCUUCUUUACUUUUCUGUUACUCUUUUUCUUCUUUACUUUUCUGUCUCUCUUCGCUUUUCUUUCUCUUCUUCAUCGCUUUUCUUUCUCUUCUUCACUCUUCUUGCUCCUCUUUUUCGCUUUUCUUUCUUUCUCUUUUUGUCCGCUAUUCUUUCUAUUAUUUGCUUUUCUUUCUCUUCUUCGCUUUUCUGUCUUUCUCUUCUUCAUCGUUUUUCCUUCUCUUCUUCACUUUUUUCUCUUGCUCUUCGCUUUUCUUUCAUUCCCUUUUUCUUCUCUUUUCUUUUUUCUGGCUUCGCUGGUUCUCUCUCUCUCUCCCCAUCUCUCCCUCUCUUCCCUUCUCUCUCUCUCUCUCUCUCCAGCUCAACCUUCUCCCUAUCUUCUUUAG